GAGGCCCGGGGAGGGGGCAGAGUCCGGGCGGCUCCUUGCGGCCGCCACUUUGUCCCGGACCCUGGCGAGUGACCGGCGGCCCGGCGACAGCGACAGCAGCGGACAGACAGCCGAGGAGGUGGGGCGGGCCGAGCGCGCUGCCCCCGCAACCCCGGCCGGGCGCCCCGAGGGACAGCGGCCAUGGGCGCCCCGGACGCCGGCCCGCAGGCGCAGCAGGGGACCUGGGCGCAGGAGCCCCCGAGGGACCCCUCCGGGUCUGCGCCCCCCUCGCUGCCCGAGCCCCCUCGCGGGACCAUCCAGGCCAGCAGGUCGGAGCCCCCCACAGUGUCCGCCCAGGUCAGAGGGUCCGAGCUCCCCAGCGUGUCCACCCAGGCCAGAGGGUCCGAGCUCCCCAGCGUGUCCACCCAGGCCAGAGGGUCCGAGCUCCCCAGCGUGUCCACUCAGGCCAGAGGGUUCGAGCUCCCCAGCGUGUCCACCCAGGCCAGCGGUUCUGAGACCCCCAGUGAGUCCAUCCAGGCCAGCUCGUCCGAGCCCCCCAGCAUAUCCACCCAGGCCAGUGGUUAUGAGACCCCCAGCGAGUCCAUCCAGACCAGUUGGUCAGAGCCUCUCAGUGAGUCCAUCCAGGUCAGCUGGUCUGAGCCUCUCAGUGAGUCCAUCCAGGUCAGCUGGUCCGAGCCCCCCAGCAUAUCCACCCAGGCCAGCGGGUCCAUCCAGGCCAGCAGUUAUGAGACCCCCAUCGAGUCCAUCCAGGUCAGCUGGUCCGAGCCCCCCAGCAUAUCCACCCAGGCCAGCGGGUCCAUCCAGGCCAGCAGUUAUGAGACCCCCAGCGAAUCCAUCCAACCCACCGAGUCUGAGCCCCCCAGCACAUCAAUCCAGGCCAGCUGGUUGGAGCCCACCACAGGGUCCGAGUCCCCCAAUGGGCUCAUCCAGGCCAGCGGGUCCGAACCCCCCAGCGAGUCCGAGCGCCCCUCGGUGUCCAUCCAGCCCAGUUCACCGGCCGGCCUGGAGCCGUCUGGAGAGCCAGGCUCCAUCCGGCUGAGCCUGCGGCGCUGGGUGGUGGUGCUGGUGUUCAGCGGCUACUCCAUGUGCAACGCCUUCCAGUGGAUCCAGUACAGCGCCAUCAGCAACGUGUUCACACACUUUUACGGUGUCAGCACCUUCGCGGUGGACUGGCUGUCCAUGUGCUACAUGCUGGCCUACAUCCCGCUGCUGCCGCCUGUGGCCUGGCUGCUGGACAAGGCCGGCCUGCGGGCCAUCGCGCUGGCGGGCGCCGGCCUCAACUGCCUGGGCGCCUGGGUCAAGCUGGGCAGCCUGAAGCCGCACCUCUUCCCGGUCACCGUGCUCGGCCAGGUCAUCUGCUCCGUGGCCCAGGUCUUCAUCCUGGGAAUGCCCUCCCGCAUCGCCUCCGUCUGGUUUGGUGCCAACGAGGUCUCCACGGCCUGCUCCAUCGCCGUGUUUGGCAAUCAGCUUGGAAUUGCCAUCGGCUUCUUGGUCCCUCCUGUGCUGGUCCCCAACAUCAAGGACCGCGACCAGCUAGCCCACCACAUCGGCACCAUGUUCUACAUCAUUGGUGGUGUGGCCUCGCUGCUCUUCCUCCUGGUCAUCAUCGUUUUCAAAGAGAAGCCGAAAUACCCCCCCAGCAGGGCCCAGUCCCUCAGCUACGCCUUGACGUCCAUAGAUUCUUCCUACCUGAGCUCCUUCGUGCGGCUCUUCAAAAACAUCAAUUUUGUGCUGCUGGUCAUCACAUAUGGUCUGAACGCCGGCGCCUUCUACGCCCUGUCAACCCUGCUCAACCGCAUGGUCAUGGCUCACUACCCGGGGGAAGAGGUGAAUGCGGGCAGGAUCGGCCUGACCAUUGUCAUCGCGGGCAUGGUGGGCGCCAUGAUCUCAGGCAUCUGGCUAGACAAGACCAAAACCUACAAGGAGACCACCCUGGUGGUCUACGUCAUGACGCUGGUGGGCAUGGUGGUGUACACACUGACCUUGAGCCUGGGACACCUGUGGGUCGUGUUCAUCACCGCAGGUGCGAUGGGCUUUUUCAUGACUGGCUACCUCCCGCUGGGCUUUGAGUUUGCGGUGGAGUUGACGUACCCCGAGUCCGAAGGCAUGUCCUCAGGCCUGCUCAACGUGUCCGCUCAGGUGUUUGGGAUCAUCUUCACCAUCUCCCAGGGCCAGAUCAUGGAUGAGUACGACACCAGAGCUGGGAACAUCUUUCUGUGCGUGUUCCUCACUCUGGGGGCUGCCCUUACGGCCUUCAUCAAGGCCGACCUCCGGAGGCAGAGAGCCAACCAGGAGACUCUGGAGAACAAGCUCCAGGACGAAGAGGAGUUGAGUCACACCAGCAAAGGCCUCACCGUGGUGACCAUGGAGCGUUUCUGAGAGGGUUGCACCCUCACUCCGCUGGGAACAGCUGGGUGGCAGUGUCCCCAGCUUCCGGAGCCCCUCAUAGCCUGCCGGGAGCUGCCUUUCCCACGGGCACAGCCCCUGCCCACCUUUCCCCAGGGGCUCCCAGGAGCGGGUGCUGGGAGAGGCUGGGCGCGGGCUGCUCCCGGCCGGGCUCUGCCUUCCGGCCACACCUCGUCUCCCUGUGGGGCUCGGGGAGCAACGCUUACUCAGGAAAUGGACUGUUCCGUGUCUUCCAGCCCCCGGGAGCCCCGCUGCUCAGGCUCUGCAGACAGAACACACCGCCACAGCCAGGCCGUCGGGACAUCUACUCCCUCUUUAGUGUGGGGGUCUGUCCCCAAACCCUCUUUCCCAGGAGCUGAGCCAAGCCAACCUCAAAUAAAUCUGCCAGUCUGGUAGAGCGGACACGUGACUAUGCACAAGGACCUGGGUUCGAGUCCCCAGCCCCCUCCUGCAGGGGAAGCUUCACGAGCGGUGGAGCAGGGCUGCAGGUAUAUUUCUUUCUCUCUGCCUCUUUCUCCCUCCCUCUUCAGUCUCUUAUCCUCUUUCAGAAAAAGAAAAAAGGCUGCUAUAAAUGAAGCUGUACAGGCAUCGAGUCCCAGGGAUGAUCCUGGUAGCAAAAACAAACAAUAAAAAAAACAACAAUGGACUGAACCUCCUCCUGGCCAUGAGGGAAGAGCUCACUUGUGAGCUAAGUGCCUCAGCGCAUGGGGCUGGGGCCUCCUUCUGGGGGGGGUGUGGUUCCAGCUGUAGCCUGGUCUGGGGGCCACAAGGCGAUUUCCUGCAGAAGCAGCCUUGGAACACCGCCAUUGGGCCACAUGCCUGCUUUUUGUUUUUUUUCCACGGAGGGGCAGGCCGACCAUCCAUCUUCUCAUCCUUCCUGAAGGUGAACCUGGGCUCAUUCCAGCCUCAAAACCCAAAGCUGCUGCUUCUGAGGGGCGACGGAGGCCCAGUACGAAAGGUGGCCCUGAAAUGGGGCUGGAGCCAGGCUGAGUCAUGUGGACCCCAGGGCGACAGCAGCACAUGCAUAGCCCUCUGCUCCAUCCCAGCAGUGACCUUACACGCUCUGCCUCCUGAAGCAGCCUCCUCUCCAGUCAGGCCUGGAGUGGGCUCUACUGGGGCGUGGGGGCCAUCUUGCCUCAUGGCCACCAUGUUGUUUGUGUGGCAGUGGUGCUGGGCGCCUGGGCCACCGUCCCUGAGGGAGCAAGUCGUGUGCAUGACCCGUGUGUGUUCCCAAGUUCACACUUAGGGUGGGGAGGAAGGUGGAAGGCGGCAUCCCAGCUUUGGUCAAAAGGAAAAGGUGCAGAUGCUGGAGUUCCUUUUAAUGUGCUGACAGAAUGUUUACCAGAGCUAUUGCUGUAUUUUCCCAUCAGGACUGGCCUUUUCUAUUUGUCAUACCAGAUGUUUUAAGGCAAUAAAUUUUCUCCAAGUGGUC